AUUGUUGUCCAUUGGAAUCAUAAAGGGUUCAAAUUCGUAGGCAUUGUGAUCUUUGGCAUUCUUUAAACAACAUCCAUCGGUUCAGAUUCGCUCGCACUUCGGUUCUCGCGAAUUAUUGGGUUGGGGACAACGUCACCGUAGGCCCUGAUAACAAACAGCCAAAGGCUGUUCCAUUUUUAUAUCUCUUCGAUGGAGUGCGUAAGCGUCUUUGUUGGAAGAGUGGAGUGUAGUUUCGAUUCCAACUCGCAAACUGCCAAAAGAUAUGGAAAUAUCUAUUCUGUCGGCCUCCGGCCCUGAAGCUCCGCUUUUAGAAGAAUACACCGUCGAUGGUUGCGUUGAUUGCAAAGGCUGCCCUGUCCCCAGGGCCAACUCCGGCGGUUGGAGAUCCGCGUCUUUCAUCAUAGGCGUAGAAAUCGCUGACAGAUUUGCUUAUUUUGGAAUAGAAUCCAACCUUAUCACUUACUUAACGGGACCUCUGGGCCAGUCCACCUCUGCUGCAGCUGAGCAAGUCAAUGCUUGGUCUGGAACGGCGAUGCUUUUGCCACUCUUUGGUGCUUUCAUUGCUGAUUCUUUCCUUGGUCGUUAUCGCACCACUAUUCUCGCUUCUCUUCUUUACAUAUUGGGGCUAAGCUUGUUGACUUUCACAGCCACUCUUCCUUCUGGCUGCCAAAAUGCUGAUAAAACCACAUCAUGUUCUUCUCAUUUUCAAGUGAUAGUAUUCUUCUUCUCUCUCUUUCUAGUAGCACUUGGACAAGGAGGACAAAAGCCAUGCGUUCAAGCUUUUGGUGCGGAUCAGUUUGAUACACGAGACCCACAGGAGUUGAAAGCCAAGAGUUCAUUCUUUAAUUGGUGGUAUUUUUCUUUGUGUAUUGCCAUGUUUAUAACACAUUGGAUUUUAAACUCCAUCCAAGACAAUCUUAGUUGGGUUUUUGGAUUUGGGAUUCCCUGUGUUAUCAUGGUUGUUGCACUAGUUGUUUUCUUGGGUGGGACACCGACUUAUCGUUUUAGUGUCAAAGGUGACAAGAAAAAUCCAUUUGUGAGAAUUGGUCAGGUGUUCAUUUUAGCGGCUAAGAAUUGGAGUAAACCAUCUUCAGCAAUAGCUGUAGAAGAAGAAACGCAUGGAACUCUGCCAUCUGAAAGUUCCAAGCAAUUCAAAUUCCUCAACAAAGCCUUGCUUGCUUCAGAUGGUGCAAAGGAACGUGGAAAGGUGUGCGUCAGACAGGUUGAAGAAGCAAAGGCUGUUCUAAGGCUUGUUCCUAUAUGGGCUGCAAGCUUGGUUUAUGCUGUUGUGUUUGCACAAUCCUCAACUUUCUUUGUCAAGCAAGGAGCUACCAUGGACAGAUCAAUAACAGCCGAGUUCAAAAUAUCAUCUGCUUCACUACAGUCAUUUGCCAGCCUUGCAAGUAUUUUCUUCAUUCCUAUAUAUGACCGCAUUUUUGUUCCUUUGGCGAGAGGCUUCACUGGGAAACCUGCUGGAAUUACAAUGCUUCAGAGAAUCGGAAUCGGCAUGCUUUUAUCUGCUAUAUCGAUGGCAAUUGCAGCCAUAGUUGAGAUGCAGAGGCUCAAGACUGCUCAAGAAUAUGGGCUGGUAGACAAGCCAACAGCCACGGUUCCAAUGAGUGCGUGGUGGCUGGUUCCUUCUUAUGUCCUGUUUGGAUUGUCUGACGUGUUCACCAUGGUUGGUUUUCAAGAAUUUUUUUAUGAUCAGUUUCCAAAUGAAUUAAGGAGUGUUGGUCUUGCACUCUACCUUAGCAUCUUUGGCGUUGGAAGCUUCUUGAGCAGCUUUCUCAUCUCUGCCAUUGAGAAUGCCACCGAUGGGAAUGGUCGAGAUAGCUGGUUUUCAGAUAAUCUAAAUCGGGCACAUCUCGAUUAUUUUUAUUGGUUACUUGCUGCGCUUCGUGUCAUCCAAUUGGCUCUUUACUUGUAUUUUACAAAAUCUUAUAUUUAUAACCGGGGAAGUACAAUGUAAAUAGUCUCUGUCACAUUUUUAUUAUCCUCAUUUAACUUUCAUUAA